AUGAUCCCAGAAAGCGAAGAUUUUGGAGUUUCUCUGCAGAUUAAGGAUAUAGAAGUCCUCAACUGUGAAUAUGGCAAAAACACAAUUAAGUUCCUUCGCCUCCAUAGAGAAGGGAAGAAGCACUUCGUUAAAGAAGUGGAAGUGUGCACCCACCUCCGGCUGACUUCUGCUCAUGAGUACCUGGAAGGAAACAACUCUUUUGUGAUACCUACAGACACCAUAAAGAAUAUUGUCCUGGUGUUGGCCAAAAAAAAUGGGAUCCCAACUUUAGAACAAUUUGCUAUAGAUAUCUGCAAACACUUCAUGACAACAUUUUGCCAAGUGGCCUACGUCAAAACCUAUGUCCAGGAAGUUCCAUGGCAACGUCUGCACGAGAACGGCGUUCCCCACAUCCACUCGUUUAUAUGUGUUCCUGAUGGGAUUCGCUUUUGUGAAGCUGAGCAGUGCCGGAAUGGUCCUCUGGUUGUUUUUGCUGGAAUUAAAGAUCUGAAACUUAUGAAGACAACACAGUCUGGAUUUGAAGGCUUCUAUAAGAAUGAACACACCACACUACCUGAAAGGCACGACAGGAUUUUAUGUGGAGAGCUCUUCUGCAAAUGGUCAUAUGGCGAAUGCAGAGAUUUUGACUUCGAUUGCAUAUGGAACAAAGUCCGGGAAUGUAUCCUUGAGGCCUUUUCAGGGCCACCUGACUGUGGGGAGUAUUCGCCCUCUUACCAGAAAACUGUCAACUCUAUCCAGAUGUGUGUCCUUUCCAAAGUGUCACAGGUACAGGUCAUAGAAGUCAUCUUGAACAACACAUUUUACAAUGUGGUAGACAUGACGAAUCUAGGCUUGACCAACGACAAAGAAGUUCUGGUUCCAGUGGAAACUCCCUAUGGCUCUUGUGCUUGCACGCUUGGCCGAAAGAAGUUCUUAGAGGUUCAAGGCCACAUGCUAAAAGAUGAGAAGCAAAGUCAGUUUGGACUGGUAGCUUCCCAGGGAAACUAAACCUCUUGGCUCCACUCACACGUUCCUGAUAAACUUGCAGUAUGGCUUUCCUAUCCACGUGUACUCAUUAUUGGCCUCUCCCAUUGCUGACUACUUUUCCCUUUAUGAACUCAUAUGUUGGGAUUUCUAAAGAAGCCUCAGAAAUUCAGAUAUCAAAGUCUCUCCCUGAAUCUCAGUGUGAUUUGCACAUUGAAACCCCCUAAAUUCUUUUAAAAAUCCCUGCUGGAAACAUUAUAGUCAAUUUUUAAACCAGCUAUUUCCAGACUUCUUAAUGAAACAAUUAAUUUGAUAAUCUUUAACAUGCUUUUGACACACAAAAUCAGCAAAUCUGUAUAUUCUAUUUAUUCAUGUUCCUUCAGUACAAUGAAUAUACAGGCGUGAGACCAGAUAUUUCAUUGACAUAAGCUAUCCUGACCCCUUGAUGCCACACUGUUAUACAGAGCUGAGGUUCUGACCCAAUAACUGAGUGGGGAAUCAGUCAGACAUUGAUUUGUGAAGGAAGUGAAAAAAAAAUCUAUUAUAUCUUCUUUGCAG